UGUGAUUGGAGAGCAUGUGUUGCACUGACUGUGAAUCCAAUGACCAGUGAAUCCAAUGUUGCAAUCAUUUCAUCAGUGGAUCUGAUCUUCAAAUUGAGUGCAAAAUGUUUUUACGAUUCAAUCGAUUGAACCGAUGUUUGAAUGCAUUAUGCGUUCAGUCGAUGACUACUUCAGCGCAUUGUCGCAGAUGUGACACCACUUCCCAUCACUUCCAGCAAACCAUCGCUCAUCUGAACGAAGAUCUGAAGCCCAGCUCACAGUCCAGUGACAGACCAUUCCUGUCUGACAAACUGUUCCGCACAGAAGUCCUUCAAAGUGUCUUCACUUUGUCGCAGAAUGUGGUGAAAGGGAACCGAUCUGUCGAUCAGUUGAUUGAAUCACAAGAUUUUCAACAAUUGUGUCAAACCAUCGAAGAAAACGUGAAUUAUCUUCGAAACCGGGAACUCAUCAAUAGUUUGCACUCUUUUCUGUUGAUGGGAACCGAUCCCAACACCAGUCUUAUUCAGAAUCUGGAGAAUGAGGUCCUCUGGAGAGCAAAGUAUAUGACACUUAAGGAUCUCUUGCAAUGUCUGUCAUAUCACGUGAGAUACCAAACAACUGAACAACAGAUGAAAGUUGUGAACGAAAUGAUCAUCAAUUUGGUGACAAAGUUAGACAAUGCGGAAGACGACGACGACAUCAUCCAAAUGGUUGUAUCCAUUGUUGCCAUUGUGUUCACCACUCAUUUAAGUCUUUGGCGAUCAUUGAGUCCGGAGAUAAUACAGAGCAUGGAGUCGAUGGCCAUCGAAAUGAUAGCACGAAGUGAUGAAAAGCAGUUUAGAGUGAAAUCUCUUUCAUAUAUUUUAGUCCUUUUGUCUCAAAUGAAUCGAAGAACUAAACCAUUGAUUGAUGCGGUGGUCAACCGAUUCACAUAUCAAUCAAUUGAUCCAAAACACUAUAAGGAGAAGUAUUUGAUACGAAUGAUGUCAGCCCUCAGUCAACUCAAUUACGUGGACAUCGCUUUCCUCAAGAAAGCAUCGGAUCUGUUGUGUAAUAAGAAAUUUCUGAAUUCUGUUACGCCUUCGGAUAGACGCGAUCUCUUAGUGGCCAUCAGUCACUCGAACUGGUCUUAUCCAAGACUUCUCAAUGAGUACAUCGAGAAAAUUACGGACACUAACAACGACUUCAGUCCUCAAGACUUUCUGGUGUUUGUGUCGAGUGUGGCGCGUCUUCAUAGUGGCGCCAAUUAUCUGAACGAUAUUUUAGUCAAUUAUGUCAUACCAUAUGUGAAACGAGAGGACUUGGACGCAGAUUCAUGGCUUCUGUACGUGUGGUCGCUGUCUAUCAUUGGAUGCGCGCCUAUUAAUUGUAUCAAAUCUGUUAUGAAUCACGAGUUUUAUAAGCAACUCAUGAAUUUUACCGACAGUCCCAUGAAUGAGACAAUGAAUUACAAACAAAUUACACAUAAAUUAAAACUUUUGAAUAUUAAAGGCGUCGCAGAGAUCGAAAUGAAUGAAAAGAUUGAUUUCGAGCCAAUUGUGGCCAAAAAUCAUAAAACCCUUAAAAGGGAAGUCUCUCUCGAGAAGUAUAGGAAAUAUGUGCUCCAAAUGCUAACAUCAUUUGAGCCCAACAUCUCAACUAAUAUUUCAACUCCUUUUGGAUUCACAAUAGACGCGGAAUUCAUAAUAAACAGAAACAAUGAGUUUCUUUCACUUAAAGAAUACGGAAUAUUAGGCGGCGAUCCGUCUAAUAAAGUGCGAGAACUGCCUCCAGAUUUUAAAAGGUGCGCUAUCAUGUGCUUUGGAUUCAAUGACACCCUUUUGGGGGAAACGGGUCUAAUCGGAACACACGAACUGUCCAUUCGUUCGUGUGUUCCGAUUAGACCCGUUUCCCCCAAAAGGGUGUCAUUGAAUCCAAAGCACAUGAUAGCGCACCUGAUUUUCACGGUUUAA